AUGCUGUCCCAAGCGGUUGACGGCCUGGGUCUUUCUGUCCACAAUGCUGCUUUUCGCACGAACGGUCGUCAGAGUCCGGCAAGGCUAAUCCUUCAGCGUGUCUACGAUCAGGAUCAAGGAGCCCCGCCGACAGAUGCGAACAAGCCGAUGGAGCUACUUCCGGGACCUCCUGGAAAAGGGAAACCCAGACUUCUUCUGAUGGGUCAAAGAAGGAGUGGCAAGUCUUCAAUAUCAAGUGUGGUGUUUCACAAAUUACCGCCCAAUGAGACGCUGUUCCUCGAGUCAACGGCUCGUAUUCAAAAAGACUCCAUGGCAUCGUUCAUGGAUUACCAGGUCUGGGACUUCCCCGGCCAGAUCGACUUCUUUGAGAACCCAAACUUCGACAUGGACGCCAUUUUCGGGGAGAUUGGCGCCCUUAUCUGGGUCAUUGACGCGCAGGACGACUACCUCGAGGCCGUGUCGCGGCUCAACGCCACGGUCCUCAACCUCCAGCGGUUCUACCCAAACAUCAACAUCGAGGUCUUCAUCCACAAGGUCGACGGCCUCUCGGACGACUACAAGCUCGACAUCCAGCGCGACAUCACCAUCCGCAUCCAGGACGAGCUCUCGGACCACGGCUUCGAGAACGCCCCCGUCACCUUCCACCUGACGUCCAUCUACAACCACUCCAUCUUCGAGGCCUUCUCCAAGGUCAUCCAGAAGCUCAUCCCCCAGCUCGGCACCCUCGAGGCCAUGCUCACCAACCUCUGCCGCACGUGUCGCUUCGAGAAGGCCUACCUCUUCGACGUGCUCUCCAAGAUCUACAUUGCCACCGACUCGGCCACUGCCGACAUGGCCUCGUACGAGAUCUGCUCCGACUACAUCGACGUCAUCAUCGACAUCACCGAGGUCUACGGCUCCUGGCCGCGCUCCGACGGCCAGCGCAAGCGCCUCGAGGCCGAGCCGUGGAACGCAAAGGUCGAGGAUCAGGUCGCCUGCAACUGGGCCGAGAGCUGCAUGGUCCUGCACGACUCGCAGCGGCCCAUCAUGUUGCGCGAGGUUGACCGCUACCUCGCCCUCGUGGCCAUCAUGAAGGAAGACUCAUACGACCGCAUGCCUCUCGUGAACAUGAACGUCGAGGCCGUCGUCCAGGGCAUCACCGAGUUCUUUGAGAUCACAAAGCCGCGCAAGUGA